GAGGGAGUACAAAAUUUUUCUGUUACCUUAUAUUAUUAUACCCUUGAAAAAUGAUUUAUAAAAAGGAAAAUUGUGAAGUGUUUUUGGAGGAGAGAGAAAGCUAAGGAGAAAAAUAGACAAGAAGAAGGGGGCAGUUGGGAUUUAAAAUAAGUGUGAAAGUUACUAAACAUGAGACCAACAAUCAAAUUUAAUGCCUUUUUAUGUAUGCUAGUAACACUUUUUGUAUAUACUUGUAUUUAUUUUUAUCAUAUUAUAUGAAUCACUCACUAUUUAUAUUUGCAUUUUUAUGAAAUGAUGAGGCUUAUCAUAACCCCUUCCCUCCUCCUCGUCACGUCCUUUUUAUUUCCCUUCUCCCAAUAACUUCAGAAUUCCACGCCUUCAAUAUAUAUAUAUAUAUAUAUAUUUUUUUUUUUUUGGCCACUCCUAAUUUUUUCCUUUAAUUUUUUGUCUUUUUCUUGGCCUUUUAUUGCAGUCAACUUGGAUUAUUGUCUCUAUAUUCUUUAACCAUUUUAUUAAAUUUUUUACCCUUUUAUUCAAAACUCCCAAAACAUACCCUUCCUCUUAAUUCUAACCUUCUCUUUCUACUAUUCAUGUGAUCCAUCUCUUUCACUUACUCUUGCACAAUUUUCCAUUUUCAUUCUAAAUUUUACUAUUUUCAUAAAUAUUUGCACCUUAUUUAUUACUUAUAUUCUCUCUUUAUAAGAGCAAACAACAACCACUACUACUACUACUUAGGUUUUUUUUAGUUACAAUAUAUUGUUGCAUUGCAUUUUAUUUUCUACACAAAGUGAGUGAGCUAGAAGAAGAAUUAUGAUGGGUUUUAAUGAAGUUGCUAACCAAGAUCUUAGCUUAGGAGAUCCUUUCAAAGGCGGUCGUAAGCUUCGACCACUCGUUCCUAGGCCUUUUCUCUCAUCUCCUACUCCUAAUCACAAUGUUAACACCACUUGUUUAACGGGUUUUCAUCAUAACCCUUCUAAUCAUCACCUUCUCUCCUUAAACACCACCACCACUCGCCACCAACACCACUUUGAAGAAGGUAAGGAGGCUGUGGGAACACAUCAAGUCAUGGUGAGCUCAAGGUGGAACCCAACGCCGGAGCAGCUAAGGGCGUUGGAGGAGUUGUAUAGGCGUGGCACUCGAACGCCUUCGGCCGAGCAAAUUCAACACAUCACCGCACAACUUCGCCGUUAUGGUAAGAUAGAGGGCAAGAAUGUAUUCUACUGGUUUCAAAAUCAUAAGGCCCGGGAACGCCAAAAACGACGUCGUCAACUUCAACUUCCUAUUCAACCACCUUCUGGGAGUAAGAUAGGUUUUGAAGGUGAGCACAAGAGUUGCAAAUGGGCACAAUCAUCUACAAACAAGGAUGAAUCUGAUCCACCAAUACAAAUAUCAGAAGAAGCAGCAGCCCUAACAAAAUCAGAUACCACGACAAAUCCUAUUUCAUCUGAUGGUUGGAUCCAAUUCCAUGAAUUCCAACAUAAUCAUACUACCAAUAAUAAUUCUAAUAAUUUCAAUAUUAUUUCAAGUGAAAAAAAUUUAUUAUUUGCAGGAGAAAGGAAUUCCACGUGGCAAACUACUACUACACCUACUCAUAAUAACAAUAUUAAUAAUAAUAAUAAUGAUAAUAAUAUUAUGAUGGUCCAACCCUCGUCUUGUUCUUGUUGUUUCCCUUCUUCUGUUCCGUUUUCUCUCUCCUCUAAACAUAAUUAUUUACCAUCCUUCAUUACUUCUAAAGAUCGUAAUUUUGGUGAAAGACCGCCAUCGUCUCCUACCCUACAACUCUUCCCGGUUGUAAGAGACGACAACAACAACGAUGGUGAUGGGGAUGAGGACGAGAAUGUUGAGAAUAAUUCGUGUCUUACGACGACUAAUAACAAUGAUCAUGAGAAAGGUGGUGGUAGUAGUAAUAGUAGCAUUCAUCAUAUGCCUAAGUUAUUGGUGUGUAACAACAACAAUCCUUUUCCUUAUUAUCAGUUUCUUUAAAUGAGACUGUUUUUUUUUAAUUUAUUAGAGUAAAUGUAUUUAGGUUUCUAUUUAUAGUAGUUUAUUUACUUAUUGUUAAACUGUGGGAAAGUCACGUGAUUGACUUCAUUUUGGAGUGACAAUUUUCAGAUGCCUUUUUGUAGUAACUGAUGUUUUAUAGUAGUAGUAUCAUAAAUAUUGAGUAUGACUGAUUUAUAACUACUUUUAGUAUUAAUCUAUUUUUAGUUUUCAAAGUAUGAUAGUGUUAUGUUGAUUGAUUGAUGUUAAGAUAUCACAGAAAGACACAAUCUUAUAAUGUUGGUAUAGGGAAAUGGAGAAUUUCCUUGUAAUGCACUUGGACAAUGUUACAUUUAUAUACUAUGCCUUUUAUUUUAUUUUAUUUUAUUUUAU